UCCCUAACUAGAAUACACAUUAUUCGUGACGCCGCUUGGUUUUAAAGAUUCUGUUUUGUCAAUAACAGUAGCAUUAAUCCACACGUAGGAAUUUUACAAACAUGACGACUGUUGCAGCUGCAAAAUGCCAAGAAGUUCGUGAAAUCACAAGAAUUGAGAGAAUUGGCGCACAUUCUCAUAUUCGAGGUUUAGGUUUGGACGAUAGUUUGGAACCUCGUCAUGUAUCGCAGGGUAUGGUUGGUCAGCUUAUGGCGCGGAGAGCUGCAGGCGUUGUCCUUGAAAUGAUCAAAGAUGGUAAAAUAGCAGGUAGAGCUAUAUUGUUGGCAGGCCAACCUGGUACUGGGAAAACUGCCAUUGCCAUGGGAAUGGCACAAGCCUUGGGCAUGGACACUCCGUUUACCUCAAUGGCAGGUUCUGAAAUAUAUUCGUUGGAAAUGAGCAAAACCGAAGCUCUUACUCAGGCCAUUAGGAAAUCCAUUGGUGUCAGGAUCAAGGAGGAGACAGAAAUUAUAGAAGGUGAAGUGGUCGAAAUACAAGUGGACAGACCUGCUACAGGUGUGGGCGCUAAAGUUGGAAAGCUAACCCUGAAGACAACGGAGAUGGAAACAAUCUACGACCUGGGGAACAAGAUGAUCGACAGUUUGAUGAAAGAGAAAGUGCAAGCUGGAGAUGUGAUCACAAUCGACAAAGCCACAGGCAAAAUAAACAGGCUGGGAAGGUCAUUCACCAGAGCCCGUGACUACGACGCGACUGGCUCUCAAACUCGCUUCGUGCAGUGUCCCGAGGGUGAACUGCAAAAACGCAAAGAGGUCGUCCAUACAGUAACGUUGCAUGAGGUUGAUGUUAUAAACAGUAGAACCCACGGAUUUCUGGCGCUGUUCUCUGGCGACACUGGAGAAAUUAAAUCAGAAGUGCGCGAUCAAAUAAACGCGAAAGUCGCCGAGUGGCGCGAGGAAGGGAAAGCAGAAAUCGUUCCAGGCGUUUUAUUCAUCGACGAGGUUCAUAUGCUCGACAUAGAAUGCUUCUCGUUCCUUAAUCGGGCGCUGGAAAAUGAGAUGGCACCGGUCGUUAUCAUGGCUACAAACAGAGGUAUUACGAGAAUCAGAGGGACAAAUUACAAGAGUCCGCAUGGCAUCCCAAUAGAUUUGUUGGAUCGUAUGAUCAUUGUCCCGACAAGUCCGUAUCAAGAGAAAGAAUUGAAAGAAAUUCUAAAGAUAAGGUGCGAAGAAGAAGAUUGUGAAAUGGCGGAUGACGCUUUAACGGUUCUUACCAGAAUCGCGUUGGAAACCUCGUUGAGAUACGCGAUUCAAUUGAUUACGACUGCUUCUCUCGUUAGUCGGCGAAGAAAGAGCACAGAAGUCAAUAUCGAUGACGUGAAACGUGUCUACUCGUUGUUCCUCGAUGAAAAUAGAUCCACCCAGUUUCUCAAAGAAUAUCAGGAUGAUUUCAUGUUCAACGAAAUACCGGAAGAACCAAUGGAAAUAUCGUAACGAUAGAUAAAUAAAUAAUGACAUGGACGUUGUUUAAUAAAAGUUUGCAAUUUCUUACUUACACCUGCUUUCUUACAAUAUUAAACCUGAUAUACGUAUAAACAUUAUGUCAGAAGUGGCGUGCUAUAUUUCAAAUUAAAUACAAAAA